AUGCCACCAAAGCAGAGCUCAAAGGUAGUCAUUGAGCCGAUUCCUUUAACAGCUACGACCGUCGAUAUUGUGCGUCUCUUACAUCCACUGCAAGUAGAGAGCGUGUCUACCACAGUGCAGGGAGGAAAAGGCACGGCAACGGUUGUCAUGUCCAGUACGGAUGAUGCCAGAAAUGCAUGCAGAAUAUCGAGUGGUGUGAUUUUGGGACGGCCUGUGCGAAUUCGAAGUAUGGAUGAAGGGGUUCGAUCGACACUGCUGCAGCCCUCCUGGGCCACAGUAGCCAAAAGCGCUGGCCAAGAGGCAGAUUAUGAGCAGAAUGGGUACCGUAACUUGUAUGUACUCAAUUUGCCACUUGACGUAUCAGCCAAUGAACUCAAUGAGCUGUUCGGAAGGUAUGGGCGCGUCGUACACAGCGUGAUUCUGGCAAUGCUCGACACUCAGGCGCGCCGGCGAGGCUUUAUUGAUAUGGUUACACCUGAGAGUGCCCAAGCUGCGAUGCAUGCACUAAAUGGCCAUAUCUGGCACGGCUACCCGAUUGAAGUGUCAUAUGCACUCGUACAAAGAAGUGACGGCUCUCUGGAUGAUGAUAAGAUAUUGGUAUCCACACCCAUGGUCCUUCUACAGGGUCUUUUGCCUGCAGCCACGAUCGAUGCAGACGACGUUCGCUUGCUUGUUGAACCACAUGGUCGUAUUAUUGAUAUGGAUUUUCCCGCAAAUCUUGCUGGCAACUCCACGUUUUCUGUGUGUCUAACUAUGGGCUCAGGUCAAUAUGCCUACAACGUGUGCAAUGCUCUGAAUGACACUGACGUAAACGGUCAGCAUUUACAGGCGGAUCGUAUCAAGUUCUCACCAUAG